UCUUCCAUUAUAGAGCUAUGGACGCUCUCCAAAACCUGUAUAGCCAAGCGCGAGGAGCGUCCCAAUUUCGAGGAGGAUCGCCAUACAACCAGCAAGAACAAUGGUUCAAUCCGCCAAGAUCGAGCACUCCACCACCAGGUUUCGCGCAGCAAAGAUCGAUGCCUCCUCCUCCAGCAGAGUUUUACCAGCCGCAACGAUCGAUGCCUCCUCCUCCGCCAGAGUUUCUCCAGCAGCAAAGAUCGAUGACUCCACCGGAGUUCCUCCAGCGCCAGAGAUCGAUGGGCUUCGGCCAGCCGAGAUCACUGACUCCACCACCGAGCUUCCAGCAGCAAUCCUAUGAUUAUAGCAGCUUCCGGCAGCAGCCGCGAUCACAGACUCCACCACCGGGCUUCCUCCAGCAGCAAAGACCAAUCACUCCUCCUCGCCACAUCAAUCAGCAACAGUUCUUCCAGCAGCAAUUCCUCCAGCAGCAAGCUCCAUAUCCACAGCAGCACUACCAAUCUCCCUACGAGCAACAAUCCGGCCAGCAAAGAACGCCAUCUCCUCCUCCUCGUCCCCAGCUCCAGCUCGGUGGAGGAGCUUCUUCCAGGCCUUCUCCAGCCACGAGAGUCUCCCAGGCCGUGGUUCCCGAGCCUUCCGCCAUAGCUUCCACCUCGUCCACCCGACAGGAGGUCCACAGCACGCUCACGGAGCCCGUGUCUGUGACGCUCGCCCGCGACGCGAGAAGGGUCGCGAACAAUCUCCAGCAGAUCGUCGUCUUCAACUCCAACCGGAACGAUCCGGCUAGAACUCUGCGCGACUGGGAUCUCUGGGGACCCUUCUUCUUCAUCAUCGCUCUCUCUUGCAUCCUCUCCUCCACAGCCAGCACCAACAAAUCCACAGUGUUUGCAGUGGUUUUCGCAGUGCUAUCCGCUGGAGCAGUGUCUCUCACGAUGAACGUAGUUCUUCUGGGUGGCAAGCUCAAUUUCCUCCAGAGCUUGAGCGUCCUGGGCUACUGCUUGUUUCCUCUCGACAUUGGAGCGAUCCUCUGCGCGGCUUACAGCGGCAAGCUGUAUAGAAGCGCCAUGAUCUUCGCGACUUUGCUAUGGAGUUCCUGGUCGGUCUAUCCUUUCGUCUCCACUGCCGUGAGGCCGAGUAGAAAGGCCCUGGCGGUGUACCCAGUCUUUCUAAUGUACAUCUCAAUGGGUUUGCUCGUCCUCGCGAAUGACUAGAGCUAGAACUCGAGAAGAUUUAAGUGAAAUCUAUGUCAAAAUGAAAAGCUUACAUGGUCGUCUUCGACAGUGAUCUAGUUC